AUGGAGGCUGCCCCAUUUUCAACAUUUCCGGAUGCACUCCGAGGGAAACGGAUAUUACUAUGCACCGAAUCAUUCGGUCCUGUGAACGGCGUUUCCAGGACCACCAUGAUGCUCGUCAGCCACCUCCGGGCAAACGGUGCAAAUGUCGUGGUGGUGGCUCCUCACACUGCCGAAUCAACAUUCGUGCCAAAAGACCUUGUCGCUGGCUCACAAAGCUCAGCCCAGAGACCCGAAGUUAUCCGGAUCCACGGUUACCCAUUACCGUAUAACCCAGAGCUGGCCAUCGUCUACCCAGCUCGCCUCUCAAUCCUAUAUAGAAAGUCCUUUGGUUCCGCGCCAGACCUGAUCUACCUGGCCUCGCCUGCGUCGUUGGGGUUCCAGGUCAUGCUCCAACUCAGACAACAACCAAAAGAAAGACAAAUCCCCAUCAUCUGCAACUUCCAAACCGACCUCGCAGGCUACUGCGCCGUCCUCUUCCCAUGGCCGCUCAACACCUUGGCCGUCCUGGCAUUUGCCACCGUGCAAAGCUUCCUCUUCAACCACGAAAGCGUGCGGACCAUUUUCUACCCCAGCCGCUUCGUGCGACGAUACCUCGAGGAGCAACACGUCCAAGACGAUAAGAUGGAGCUUCUGCAACGAGGGGUGGACACAGAGUUAUUCCACCCAGCCCGGCGCAGCGCCGACCUAAGGAAAGAAAUCGCCCCAGCCGGCGAAAUCGUCCUGAUCUGCGUUUCUCGCCUAGCCCCCGAAAAGGGGUUCGCCUUUCUCGCCGAGGCCGCCAAAGCGUUGGACGACCGCGGUCUCAAAUUCAAACUGUACAUUGUCGGCGGCAACCGCAACGCGGCCGUCGAGGCCGAGAUCAAGGCGUCCUUCGGACCGGUAUUAACCGGCCGGGGGACGGUCACUUUUGCGGGGUUCCGCACAGGCGAGGCCCUGGCUGCGGCCUACGCGUCCGCCGACAUUUUCUUACACUGCUCCACCUCGGAAACGUUCGGUCUCGUGGUGCUGGAAUCCAUGGCGAGCGGGGUGCCCGUCGUAGCGCGGGACGAGGGCGGGCCCAGCGACAUUGUUCGGGACGGAGAGACCGGUUACCUGACGCCGCCGGCCGACUUGGAGGCCUUUGUGGAUCGGGUCAUGGGGCUUUCCAAGGACGCCGAGCUGCGAGAGCGGUUUAGUCAGAAUGCGCGGGCGCAUGCGGAGCAGGCGACGUGGGAGAGGAUCAAUAAUAAAGUUGCCUGGCGGAUGGCGGAUACCAUUGCCCAGAGUCAGAAAGAGAAGGCCCAGAUGAGGUUGUCGCAGAAUAAUCAGACCUCCGAGUCCCAGGUCCAGGCGGAGGAGGACGGCCUUGGAGCACCAACAACAACAACGCCGCUUUUGGAGCGGUCCAUACAGACGGGCCUCUUGCAGGCUCAGCUUGCGAAUGUGCGGCUGGGCGCCGGGAUGGUCGCCAUCUCUCUGACUUGGGCCGUUGUGGGGUUAUAUUUGGUGUUUAUUGAAAUCGGUUUUUGGGCUAAGGCCACCUCGACGAGUUGCUUGGCUUGUCUCGGCAUGGGGCCUAAACUGAAGGAAACACCCUUGAGAAGUUGA